AUGAAUCUAAAAGAAGGAGGCCAAUUAUUGGUCGGAAAUCCCAUCAAGAGAGAUUGGAAGUUGCUUCCUCAAUUCCCCGGCGGCUCUUCCCCCCACUACAACGCGCUCACCUUGUCAUUCGACCAUCGCACGCGCGGCUACACCGUGGUCGUCGCCAAGUGCACCCACAUUGUGCUGCCAGGGAACUCCAGUCAUUGGCGCUUAUCCGUCCACAUCUACGAAUCAACCACAAAAUCGUGGGACACGCCAUUCGCCCAAGACAUCGGCUUCUCCCAAGAAAUCGGCUUCUGGAUAGGCAGCAACGAGGCCGUCAUAUGCAACGGCGUGCUCUACUACUUCAUCGGCCCACACCCAAUGCAACUCCCCCACUUAGUGGCGUUCGAUCUCUCCAAGCCGUCCUCAAGCAUAGAGUAUCUGAUUCAAGAAUCGAUUCGUGGUCCAUACCGUCUUGCCUGUGUUGGGUUGAUCAACCUGUCGAAUAAAUUGGUCAUGGUCGGCAUGACAAACCAUUGGCCGCACGAGGGAGUGAUGAUUUUGGAACUCGAGGAUAAGACAUGGCGGGAGGUGGCUAAAAUGCCGAACUCCAUAUACAAGACGUUAGACGGCCAAAAUUUCAUCUGCUGCGGCGCCGGCCACUUCCUCUUCAUGCACUCCUCAGUGUGGCCGGUGCUACUGACCUUCGACAUGAGGCAGAAGGUGUGGAAAUGGUCGAGCCAGAUGUGUCCGUGCCCAUGCCCCUCCACCGAGCCAUUGCAGUUCAGGUUCCUAAACUACUGUGGCUUCUGCUUCGAACCGAGGCUUGACGUCUCCUCUUGA